CGCCGCUGGCCGCGGGCUCCGUCGGGAGUGCGGGGUUGUGGACUGUGAGGCGCGAGUCCUGAGUCCAGAGGCGCUCGCGCGCCGCUGCAGUCUUCGCGGCGGUCUCUGCGCCGCUGGCCGCCCGCCUGCUUGCCAGUCAAGGGCUCUACCGUCCUCGCCUCGGCCUCCUGAUCCGCCCGCGCGGCUUUCCCUGUUCCUUCGAGAGCGGGCCGGGAACCCGCGCCUUCGCGCUCUCCGCCCCGGGCCAUGGUGCCCUCCCAGGAGGAACCCGCCGCCGUGCGGGGGACGAGCGAGGAGCAGCCGCCCGGCCCCGCACCUGUGGGGGACGCUCCUCUGUCUGACGCGGGACCUUCGGAAGGCUCUGAGGCGGCCGCUGAGAAGGUGGAGGUGGAGCCCCGGGAGCCCCCCGAGGGCGGCUGGGGCUGGCUAGUGAUGCUGGCGGCUACGUGGUGCAAUGGGUCGGUGUUCGGCAUCCAGAAUGCCUGUGGGGUGCUCUUCGUGUCCAUGCUGAAGACUUUCGGGUCCAAGGACGGUGACAAGAUGGUCUUUAAGACAGCAUGGGUAAGUUCCCUCUCCAUGGGAAUGAUUUUCUUUUGCUGCCCCAUAGCCAGUGUCUUCACAGACAUAUUUGGCUGUCGGAAAACAGCUGUCAUGGGUGCUGCUGUUGGAUUUGUUGGACUCAUGUCCAGUUCUUUUGUAAGUUCCAUCGAGCCUCUGUACCUUACCUAUGGAAUCAUAUUUGCCUGCGGCUGCUCCUUUGCAUACCAGCCUUCAUUGGUCAUUUUGGGACACUAUUUCAAGAAGCGUCUUGGACUGGUGAAUGGCAUUGUCACUGCCGGCAGCAGUGUCUUCACAGUUUUGCUGCCUUUGCUUUUAAGGGUUUUGAUUGGCAGCGUGGGCCUCUCUAACACUCUGAGGGUCCUCUGCAUCUUCAUGUUUGUUCUCUUUCUGGCUGGCUUUACUUACCGACCUCUUGCCUCCAGUGCCAAAGAUAAAGAGAGUGAAAGCAGCAGAUUCUCCCUCUUUUCCAGGAGAAAGUUCAGUCCUCCAAAAAAAUUUUUCAAUUUUGGAAUCUUCAAGGUGACUGCUUAUGCAGUGUGGGCAGUUGGAAUACCACUUGCACUUUUUGGAUAUUUUGUGCCUUAUGUUCACUUGCUGAAACACGUGAAUGAAAGAUUUCAAGAUGAAAAACACAAAGAGGUGGUUCUCAUGUGCAUUGGCAUCACUUCUGGAGUUGGGCGACUUCUCUUUGGCMGGAUUGCAGAUUAUGUACCUGGUGUGAAGAAGGUUUAUCUACAGGUACUUUCCUUUUUCUUCAUUGGUCUGAUGUCCAUGAUGAUUCCCCUGUGCARCGUCUUUGGGGCCCUCAUUGCUGUCUGUCUCGUCAUGGGUCUCUUCGACGGAUGCUUCAUUUCUAUCAUGGCCCCCAUUGCCUUUGAGUUAGUUGGUGCACAGGAUGUAUCCCAAGCAAUUGGAUUUCUGCUCGGAUUCAUGUCUAUACCCAUGACUGUGGGCCCACCCAUUGCAGGGUUACUUCGUGACAAACUGGACUCCUAUGAUGUGGCAUUCUACCUGGCUGGAAUUCCUCCUCUUAUUGGAGGUACUGUGCUUUGUUUUAUCCCAUGGAUCCAUAGUAAGAAGCAAAGAGAGAUCAGCAAAACUACUGGAGGAGAAAAGAUGGAGAAGAUGUUGGACAACCAGAACUCUCUGCUGUCAAGCUCAUCUGGAAUCUUCAAAAAAGAAUCUGACUCUAUUAUUUAAUGUCUUAUAUACCUCCACCAGACUGGACUUGCUUUUGAAUUUUAAGCAAGGUUUCCUUUUAUAUGAAUUGCAAAUUUCUUAUUUUUUUAAUCAUAUCAUCAGAAUAGCACAAUAAUUGGGAAAUAGAAACCGUAUUACUACAAGGACCAUUUUCUGCCACUGGAUAGCUGUCUGAUAUUUCCAGGAGUCUGAGGAAAGACUCAGUUGCAGGAAAAUAUGUCUAAAAGUUAAAUAUUGUGAACCUUUGAAGUUAUCUCAGUCCAAAGCAACUUUGGAAACUGUGAAUGCUAUUAGCUUGUACAAUUAUUUUAAAAUACCUCAGGCUAUACUGAAAGGUUGUGGUUUUGUUAGGUCUGGAAAUAUUUUGUCUGUUGUCUCACAUGGUGUCUUCAGUUCUGGUACUCUGUUUUAAUUUCUUCUGCUCUUUGGAAACUUUUUGCAAAAUUUAAGCCUGUCUUUUAGAUAAUACCAGAUCUACCUAAACCUCAAGUCUACGUUAAAGUUGCUUGCCUGAGAGGUAGCUGUGUGAUCAGAACAUACUGACUUGCUCCUGCAUUGAGGGACCUUCUGGAAGCAGAUGCUAACAAUGUAUUCAGUAUUGAUAUGUGAGAUGAAAAGCAUCUGCUUCAGAAGGCAGAGCAGUUCAGGACUAAGGCAUUUCUUCUCAUUACCUUUGUCCCCUUUGGGUUUGCAGUGAGUUUUAUUCAAGUAGCCAGAAGCAUCCCAGAUUUCUGAUUUGUUUUGAUAAUAAAGUAAAGUAGAAU